UUGAUUUGGCAAUAAUUUUCGUUUGCGUCCGCAAGUCGCCCAUCUAAGAAAAAUCUAAGAAAAUAUAAAAAAUAUUUUCAGAUAUCAAUUUUAUGAUGUUUAAAAUAUAGCCUUAAUAAUUGUUAUACACUUUCUGCUAAAAAAUAGUACCAUUAGAACCAUGACAACUAUAUAAAAAAAUAAGUAACGAGUUUUUCCAAAAGAAUCUGAAGAAUUAAUCCGGACUAUGGCUCCUGGUAAUAAAGAUCGACAUCCAGGUCACACGGGUACAAUCCCGAAAACCAAAGUGCGCAACAAUUGUAAUGUGCCCCAGGAGGCAGUGACACCUACAAGACGAGAUAUGGCAUCGAAUUUAGUGACGACCUCUUUAGAUUGGGUGCCAGUGUCAGAAUACAAUCCAAGAAGUAAUUGUAACCAGUCCCGGAAGCAGACCAACAAUACAUCAGACCAGGAAUUAGCUGAUCUCGAUAAUUCAGUUUCCUUCGAGAGUGGAUUUGGAAGAUUUGUUCCUGUAAGGCCACAACCAAGGGCUCUCCCCUUAACUGUGCAGAAUCGGGAUCAUCUUUCUGGGGAACGGGAACAUAUUCCUGAUGAUGCAAGUUCAUCUGGCUCACAUUCGUUACAUCCAUAUGCCCAUCAAUUGCAAAAUGGAUUAAUUCCACACUCAAAUCAUGCUGCAGCUGCUGUUAUGAUUGUGAACCCUACCACACCAAACACUUGUGCAGGGAAUAUGUCACAGUCAUACAAUACUCCAAAUCAAAACAGGAAGAAUUUGACAAGAAAUCUUAACUCAAAUCGUAAUACUUUUGAAGGCAAUAAUAAUUCCAACAAUAAUACAGCCUCGGCCAGCUCAAAUAGUAGAUCAGGCACAAAGGCUGUCAAUUUGAUGAAUAACAUGUAUGAUCAAGGGCAAGGAGGUUUUAGCAACAUAAACGAAAAUAAUCAUGUACAUAGAGAAUCUGCAAGAGCAUUGGGCGAAGCAAUUGUUGCUGCCUGCCCUGAUGCUGCAUCUGUUGAAAGAAGACUUGGACAAAUAAGGGAAUAUAUAAGAGUAACAUCAUCUCUAGUGGACACUAUGCGUAAUUCUGAAGAUGAGGCUUUUAUUGAACACACUAAAGAAGAGUAUGAUGAACUUAUUGAAAUGAUAAUGAAAUUAAAAGAAAGUGAAAAAAAAUUAGAAUCACUUCUUUUAGAAAAAACUUCGGACACAUUAGAUGCUAUGAGUGAUGACAAACAGCAACCAAACAAUAAUAUUGAUGACAAUAAUAAUGAAAGUGAAGAGCAUCUUGAUAAAAGUCCAGACACUGAUAUUAAUACUCAAGACAAACCUAGCAAUGUAAAGAGUCCUAAUGAAGGGAACAUACCUGGUAACAGUAACAAUCAUUUGAAGAAAGUAACCAACAUAGAGAAUGAACAACUCAACAGAACACUUUCUGUUAAUAAAAAUAUUGAUGAAGCUUCAGUUGGUCAACCACAUAUUAAUGACAAUGAAGACAUUGCGAAACCUGACCAAACUGGUGUAGAAAUAAAAGAAAUAGAAUCUAUACCAUGCACUGAAUGUGAUAAUGAUGAUGAUAGGAAAGAUGAUGCAACACUGAAUGAAAUUUUAAAAAAGAAUAUAAUUUCAUGUGCAGAGAAAAUGGCUCUGAUUGAAGAAAUGAAAAAUAUGACUAAAGAUGCAAAUAACAAUGAAGAGAAGGCUGUGCAAGAUGUUGUGGUGCGACCUGUAUCGGUCCAGAGCAAUGGAUCUGUAUACAGUGAAAAUGAACUGUGGCAAAAUGAAAUAAAAAAUAAAAUGGAAAUGUCUCAGAUGCGAUUGUCAGCUUUGAAGCAACAACAGAAGAGAUUGAUCAAGUAUCAGGAAGAAGCUAAACAGCAAUUGGAAGAAUUAAAUAAGGAAAGGCAAAAUCAAGAAAUGCAUCACGCAUCAACUUCCCAUGACAACUUUGGAGGUUCACAGAAUCUCUCCGUCAACGCGAACUAUAUUCAUCCGAACCGUAUGUACGCAACAAAUCAAAUCGGGGUUGCGACCACGUUGCCGCAAACGUCAGAUCACCAAGGCCACGCGAACAACAUGGACACUGACCACGGCCGCUCCACGCACUCGGCGCAGAGUGACGACAGAUAUCUCAUGAGGGAUGGCAAUAUUGCUUGCAGUGAGGAAGCAGCCGGUGGUGGGCGCGAUAGUGAAGUGGAAGAUGACGAGGGAAUACUUCACGAGCGUGGGCGAAUGCUGCAGCUCAAACUGCGGGAGUUACAGAUGAAGAAACAACAUAUGGAAAAUCUGGUGACCGAAUUCCAAAAACUACAAAUGGCGACUCGUAUCGAGCCAUCCCAUAAUACUUACUCCAGUUCGGGUGAAGAUAGUGGUGAAGAUGAACCGUCUCGAAAAUGUAACAAGCAGGGUGUCAAUCUUAAGAAUGAAGAUCCCUUUAAGUUGAUGGAAAUUAAAGCUAUUAAGACUGCUCUACAAAAAACUAAAGAUCUCAUGCGAUCAGUGGAAACUUUUGAGGCUGAUCAUUUAUGUUCAGUUCCUGAUGAGUCUUUCCACAUGCCCUCACAUUCAAAUAACAUUCAUGAUAACAAAUCAGAAUGUGAUGUGAGCGUGGGAGGGUGGUCAGAAGGAAGCUUGUGCCGGGUGCAGAACCCGCUACCACACAGACAUAAGCUAACUAAUGAGCACUCGGCGCAACGGCAUGCCCCACAACAAAUACAAGGUCACGAGGCAAACAUUAACUCGCUACAAGAGUUGGCGCAGGAAUUGCGUAUGGAGACUGAAAAAAUAAUGGGUGAAAGAGCGCGCAUCAAAGAUUUAGUUACUAAUAAAGUAUUAGAAACACUGCGAACAGAUCGAUAUCGAAGUGGAGAUCGAAAUUAUAGAAUAAUUAAAUAUAUUAUCUGUUCAAUACAGGUAAGAAGUGCUACUACGGAGGCGCCGAAAGUAAAACCUGAUUCUCGAGCAGCUUCCGUCGCCAAUCAGUCUUAUACUAGUGAACCAGAGGAACCUGAGUCUCGCUCAGAACAUAUACAAAUGGAUUCACAAAACUCCAGAGAAACUGAAAACUUCCGGGGUGGAGGUGAUAGUGCACUCGGCAGUCGGUCUGUGAACACAGCGCCGUCUCAACUUGCGAGCGCAUACUGUAGCGAUACUGAUAGUGUGUCACGGGGUAAAUCGAACCAGCGCAAUCGCGCCCGCCGUCGGCCUACACAAGAACGCCAUCCUGAAGAGCACAAUAUCCCGCAACAAAAUAAUGUGUCUGCGCGACACGAGCCUCGGCCCGAAGCCUCGAAUGUCAACAUGACUCCACCUGUCACGCAAAGCAGCGAACACAUUGGUAACAUGCCGUAUCCACACUUGCCUCCGCCCUGCUGGAAUUCCAAAUCAAAUCAGGACAUGCGAACAAAUCAGUUCACUCAAAACAGUCAUUCGCAGACAAUGGAGCGUCUGUUGGGAACGCCUCAGAUGUCUUUCCCGCCUACUAUGCCGUUUAAUAUGAUGCUACCUUAUGGCGGUAUGAUGUGCGGCGGGUGCGCGUGCGGGUGCGCGUGCGGCGCGUGGGGCGCGUGGUGCUGGCAGCAGCUGCUGCUGCACCAGCGCGACAUCCACCAUCUGCGGGAGCAGCUCGCGCACUUAGAAGAACGUUGGCGUGCAGAAACGGCAUCUCACACAUUGAACAAUCAGGUCCCACCCGGGAAUCGGGCUAACAACUAUUGGGACAACUUUAGAAGUUAUUCUCGUCAAAACCUCCUCUCGACCAACAGCAAGACGAACGCGGACGGGCACCUGGGCGCGGGCCCGGCGCCGCCGCACCCGCUGGUGGAGCGCUCCCACAACACGCUGCACCACACCUCCUCCUCCACCUCGCCGUCCGUCACGCCCAAGCGCAACACCAACGCCGCCAGCUCGCAGAGCGUCGCCGCCCCGCACCAGCCCCACGCGGACGACGCGCCCAACCGACACUCCAGGAGAAACGUCGCGUACGAAAGGUCUCUCUCCUUCUCCUCCGCUCCCGACGUCUUGAACGUCAACCAGAACAACGAAGAGGCCGUUCCCACCCCCCGCAACCUAGACGAGAGCGCUAACGCCAACCAUAGACAAGAAGCUGCCGCUAAUGCUUUCAGAAAUCUCAACAUUACCAACCCGAUACCGGAAAUAAUCCAAUCUCAUUCCAAUAAUCUCAACGCGACUACUAACAGUAAGAAAAAGUCUUCAGCGAAAUUGCCGUCUAAGAAUUCCGCCAACAGGAGGAAUUAUAAUAUGCUAGAUUUCUCUCAAACCAGUAACAUAAAUAUAGCUAGUACUUCCGAGGCAUCUAGUCCAAAUCCCAACUUGGCGUCCACGAGUCGCGAAGUGCAAGAUAAAGCGACGUCAAAACUUUUUGACUUGCUCAGAGAGAGCAUAUAUUCGGAGGUGACGACGCUUAUAGGCGUGAAUGAAUCUCAUCCUGACUUCCUGAUACAACUAUUCAAGGAACUUAAAUAUAUUAGUUCGGACCAAUUACGACAAAAGGUUUUGCAAUCUAUUCGUAAUAUACUUUCCCAAUACAGCCCAGUCGAAGAGAACCAAAAUGGUGACGCUUUACAAGAUGACUACAAUAAUGAAGCAGUUACAACCACUUCCGAAAGUGCAACCUAUCAUGGGUGUAUGAUGCAAAAUGGAUGCUCUAGUACCGUUCAAAUAGAUAACAGGAUCGUUCGCUUUUUACUCCUCAAGAGCGAGGAGGUAUUUACUCAAGCUCUCUUAGAAUCCUUAGCUAACAUUAUUGUUAAUAAUCCUGCCGAUACUAGGAAUAUUAAGAAACUUCUAGAAUCCCUUUUGAAAUACGAAGGUAUGAGGGUAUGCGAUGUUUCGAGCGAUAUAAUAGAAAACUUGACAGUAUUGAUGGGAACUAAUCACGACGGUGAAGAAUCGACACAUCGCAAUAGUGAAAUGUCGGAACCCUCUAUUUUGCAAGACGUCGCUGGAUCCUUGAAUUUGUUCAGAUCGAGUGAAACUCAAUUGCAUCAAAUAAAUGGAUGUCCUUACGAUAUGUGGCCGGGGCACGUCCACAUGGAAAUAGAUUCGAAUGAUAUUAAUGACAACAAUCAAGAGAGAAAAUCUGAUCUAAUAUCUUGUUCAGAGAUGCAUAACGGCGAUUUAGCUGAGGCCGAUCAAACUUGCCACUCGGACGUCGGAGAUAACGUUUCGAGAGAAAAUGAUGAUGGCGGGAAUGCCGAAGCGUUACCUGACGUCGUGGACACUGAGGAAGUCACCCCUACAGAGGCUGAAGCAGAAUGGCUCGGACUUGACCGUGUGCCAACAAGGCUGCAUAUGGAAGAAUUAUCUGAAAAAUAGAAAGGUUAAGCUCAAGAAGUUUGAUGUAUCAACGUGAUUUUAUUUAUUAAUAUUCAAUGAAUUAACAUUUUCCUUAAUCACUCGUAAUUGCUUGUCUUUACAUAACCAUUUAUGUAAUUAUUAUUUAUUAUUUAGCACAAAUAAAAUAAAUUAAAUGUAUUUUUGUUU